AUGCCAUUGCCACGGGCCGACCAGUCGGACGCGGAGCCGACCGGCCGAGGUGGGGAGGCGCAGCGGCGUGGAUACCGGUCACCAGUCGGACUCGUCUGCCCCACGCGACUUGCGCCCACCAGCUGCUCAGUGCGCCGGACCGGAGGCAACUGUACCACAGGCAUGGGUGAGAAGAAGAGACGCUGCCUCCAGACCGAUGUGAAUGGCCAGUCUGCGAGCUCCGCAGCACCUGCGGUGCCGGUGACUGCCGGUUGCCAGGCCAAGCGAAGGCCCGGUAGCAGGCAUGACGACACUUUCGACUCGCAGCAGAUUCAAGACUGCGGUUCGCUCGGUCUCCUCAAGCCUCAGCAACACGUCAUCAAGCCGGAAGUUGCCAAGGCUUUAGACCAUCUCAGCUCACACGAAAAGGCCGGUCUUAUGACGGACGAGGAGGAGAAGGCAGAGACGACGGCAGAGGAGGCGGAAGAGGAGAAGCAAGGGAAGGAUGAAAAGAAGGAGGAGGAAGAGGAAGAGGAGGAGGAAGAGGGGGCAGAGAGGGAAGCGGAGGAGGAAGAGGAGGAAGAGGAGGAAGAGUUGGAGGGCGAAGGGGGAGAGGAGGAAGAAGGGGAAGGGCUACAGGAGGAGAGGGAGCCGGACGAGGAGGAUGACGAGGCAGACGAGGACGAGGAAGAGGAGGAGGAGACAGGCCGAGUUGAGCGGCUUGCGAAAGUGUUGGGCGACAAUUUGGCUCCGAACGACUGCGGCCACGAGGCAACCGGAGUCGAGGUCGAGGCAAACGGAAGGUUCACCGCGACGCCAUCUUUGGGGCAACUGGCCUCGGGGAUCGUGGUGAAUGGCGAAGAGAAACGGCCCAGAAAGUUCGUUUGUCGGUACUGCCACAAGGCCUUCAGCCUGAUGAAUGUGCUCAAGGUGCACGAGCGCAUUCACACCGGCGAGAAGCCCUACGUCUGCGAGAUUUGCAGCAAGGCCUUCAAUCAAAGCGGUGAGUUGUAUCCUAACCUACCUCAGCUUGCCAAGCUACAUGUUUGUUUGCCUUGUCUCCCGUCAGCUGGGUAG